CAGUCAAUUCAAUUGUUAAUUUAGUUUCGUGCUAAUUAUAUAAAGGCUGAUGAAUUGCGUUUGCUGGUGGCAAAAUUGGCUACGUAACUGACUCCUUCAUAAGCUCUCCACGUUAAAAACGGCAGACAGCUCCAACGGCCCUUUCAACAACUACAGACAGUAUAUGAUUACUGCAGUUGAACAAGGCUGAUGCACUUUGCGCUAUUUACGUUUCCAUAAUUUCAUAUGCCUGGGUAGGUUUUAAAAGGCUUAGUGUCCACGUGAUCUACGAGUAUUCUUGUGAAUUCAAUGAUUCCAUUCUUGUCCACAUCUUUUGAGAGGCCGCUAUUGACGAUGAAGAAAAGGUUGGUUUUUGUUGAUAUGCUGAAAAUUUGAAAAUAAAUACCAACAGACGGGCAAAGGACGUAGAAUUUCACCGUCUACUAAAACCAGCACUCGACAGACUUUCGGAGCAGAUGUUACCACUUUUUGAGAAAUUCAUAAUGGCAUUUUUCCCUACAAAAGUUGGCUGCUAGUAUUCGGAGGAAUUUGUGGUGUCUUUCACAAAGCAGGAAUACCUGCGCUAAAACGUCCAAGUGAUCACCCGGUGCAGUAAUGUCUUUAUCAGACGUAAACCUGAAUAUAGGAAGCCCAAAGGGUAAUCCAGCUGAAGCACCACUACCAAAACCUGGCACACCAGCAAAUGGAACACGGAAUAACGACAGUAUGGCACAGGUUACUCCCAGAUUCAAGACAAACAACCGAAGAUGUGGGAACAAGCUCCUAGUAUCUCUUCCUAUAUUGAACGUGGCUCUAUCAUUAAUAUUCGUUGUCGCCUCCUACGCUUACGCUUAUAGUAAAAAAGGACUUAGUUUUUUAGACUCAAAUCAUGACGUUGCGUUUAUCAGUGACCUAGGCAAUAAAACACCCGAGAGUAGUUUGUUUACAUUUGGGAUGAUUCUAUCGUCAUGCUGUUCUUUUGGUGUAGUUCUGGUACGGUACUUUCAGGUGAAGCACUCUUACGUGAGGUUAGACAACAGGUUCAACAAAGCAACUUUGGCUGCCGGUUCAUUGUUCGUAUUUGGCAAAGUGAUGGUGAGUUCUUUUCAGAAUUCAAGUGUAAAGGCUGUGCACUUUGCAGGUGCUGGUAUCUAUAUCAUAUUUGCCUGCAUUUAUGCAGCUAUGCAAACGCUGAUAACAUUGAAGAAUAAAGUGAUGUACGGUAAGGUAAAGCAUCUGCUCUGCCUAUCCAGGCCUUUUCUGACAGCUGGGAUGAUCGUUGGUACACUGAUUCUCCUGAUAUUUUUGCAUCCAGAUCUACUAAAAUAUAACGAGAAGGGCAAAUCAGUUGGUCAGGGAGGAGAAUGGUUCUUCGCAUGCUGCAAAAUGCUAUUCAUGCUGACAUUUGUUGCUGAUUUCUGGUACUUGCACCCAAGGCUUUUGCUUAACAAACCAAACGAGCAGAUAAUCAAUGACCUCGUUCUGUCAAAUAUCGGCAGUCAAAGAGAGGCAAACGAAUCGUCUAAAACAUCAAAUCAUAAAGAUAUAGAAAGGUCCCAGAAUGGAAUCGCAUCCUUUGUUGUUGGUGACGAGGGUCUUGUGGUUGAAAAUAAUGCCGCACUAGCAACAGGAGAUCAGAAAAAUUCUAAAAAUGGACAGAACGUUGUUCACUUUUCAAUUGAGGAAGAAUAACCAAGCCAAUUUCAAGUAGUGUUCACCGUUCUUCCAGAAUGUAGUGUAGCAUUUGUGUUCUUUUUAAUAGACUUGUGAAGGACUUUUAGGGUAGUAACCUUUGGGGUAUCAGUUCCAUCGGCUUCACAGGCCGUACAAAUCGAUAACGAUCCACACAAUUGACGGAUCUGAGUGAGUAGGAGUGGCCCAGUUCGCCAUACGUCGUUGAUUAGCACUUGUGUAUUGAUCAAUCAGACCAAUGGAAGUAGACCCGUUUCUUGACGUUAAUUCCUUCAAGUGCCAAAUAUGAUGUAUAUCAAAUCUUAUUCCCUAAAAGCUCUAUUAAGCCCCCUCUCUCUAUUAAGCCCCCCUCUCUAUUAAGUCCCUUUUUUCAAGCAAAAACUUAAAAUAAGUUCCCACUCUCUAUUAAGCCACCUCCCCCUAUCAAUUAAUCUUGGUGAUUCUAAUUAAGACGAGGACCUUAUAAGUAAUUAAUUAGACGUUCGAAGCUGCUAGCGAAAUUUUCAGAGAACAUUUGUAUGACAUUUUUGCAAAAAAAUAGAUAACGGCAUUUUUAAAGCAUUUUUUACUUCAAAUUUUUAAUAAAGUGAUCAAAAGUAUCGUGCCCCCCCUCUCUCUAAUAAGCCCCUCUCUUUAAAGCCCCCCUCUUAGGACUAAAAACAAUAAAUAAGCCCCCUUGAGGGCUUAAUAGAGCUUUUACGGUAUUUUAAUUGGUUGCUGGGUCAUUGAAAGGAGGGUGGUGGCACGAUACCUUUAUACUGCUCUAUUCGAUACCUUUAUACUACUGGCUCUAUUCGAUCUCGCACCAGUCAGAUGUAACAAUGGAACGAAUCGGCUCUUUCUGUACCACUUUUUAAUAAGGCAUAUUUGAAAUAAUGUUGUAAAUCAUUGAAAAUCGAAUCCACAAUUGUGUAUGUACAUCAUAACUGUUAUGAAUUUCAUAACAAUUUUAUACCCAAUCAUAAAAGGUUGUUUAGCUUGCCGAGUUAUUCUGUUUUCGGUAGCUUCCCAAGAGAAGUGCUAAGAAGCCUGUAUUAGGCUUAAUGAUGCUGAUUACUGCAGGGCAGGGUCUGUAGGGGGCCACGCCCAAUGGUCUAAGUCAUUUUUCUAUGCCCCCCCUAACAAAUAUCAAGUUACAGCACUUUGCUUUAUCGCUGUACUCCAUGUCGAAGUGGAAUACGUUUGGUGUAGGGUCUUGAGGGGUCGCAUUGAAAAUCUAAACCGUUGAGAGUGUUCCUCAAGUUUUUUCGAGUAAAUUCUCAGAUCUUGCAAAGGUUAAUGUGGAAGCAUGCUUAAGUUUCUCAAAAGCUGCAAGAAUAUGUAACUCAGUGCUUUCGGGAGAAAAUUCAUACUGGGAGGUGGGCUGCCAAUUGUAUUGUCUCUCAUUCAGUACACUGUUAUAAAGUAAGAAUAGCAUAAUUUGACUAUUAUUGGGGGACUCCAGCCCCCCAUCCCCCCGCUUCCGACGCAGAGGUGGCGCCAGAAAUCUUCCGACAGAGGGGUUGGAGCUUCCGACAGGGGGGGGGCUAAAAUGACUAAAAUAAGCAGUUUUCGUGCGUUAUUUUGU